CUGGAUCCAUGUUGCUUUUUCUUGUUUUCGCCACGCUUAAGUGUUUGUACACGCUGGCGACUGUUUGUGUUUUUGCGCUUAAUACUAUGUUAGCGUCUUGGUUUUUUUGUAUUUUUUUGCCUGGCCUUGUGGAAUUAAAAUAGAUCCUUACCUACACGCUGCUCCUGCCACUUCCUGCUUGGUUCUCUGCAUCCGUGAGAACACAACCCUCGCAGCUAUGCAACGCCAUGAUCGCAACAGUUUUGCAAAAGUAUAGUGACUGGUGCAAAGCGGAACUACAUGGGAAAGAGGGCUUUGUUCACAGCAAUUAUAUUAAAUAUAAACCACACCAAUGGUUCCUUGGGAAAGUUGACGAAGCCGAAGCUGAGGAAAUACUUAAGGCCAUGCCUCGCAAUGGAAACUUUCUUGUACGAGAAAGCAAGCACUCACCGGGAUCCCUCAAGCUCUCUGUCAAGAGUGGAACAGGAGUGGAGCAUUUCAAUAUACUUCGUGAUGGUUCGGGAAAAUAUUUCAUUUGGGUGGUGAAAUUCAACUCCAUAAAUGAGCUGGUGUCAUACUUCCACAUGUCUUCAGUCUCUCAACAUCAUACUCUGAUACUCAAGACAGAUGAGCUUCCGCCCGAGAAACAACGUUUUGUGGCAAUCUACGACUUUAAGCCCCAGGAGAAGGGUGAACUGGCCCUCGAGAAAGGAGACGUCAUUAAGCUGUAUGAUGACUCUAAUGGCCAAUGGUGGAAAGGCGAGUGCAACGGAAAGAUGGGCAUUUUCCCCUGCACGUACGUGACUCCACUGGAAAAAUAGACGCAGCGACUCGGUGGACGGGAACAUGAAAAGCGUGUGGUUUCAUUAUGAUGAUAGCUGUAGGUUGUUGCUAGGACAAUACUUUGUCUAUUCAUUUUAUUUGUAUCGCCUUGGGAAACUAACAAGAUUUCUUACAAAUGACUUCUUUUGAAAUGCUGGGUGUUAUAUUUGUAUUACUUUUAUGUGACUAAUGUGUCAGACUAUCACUUUGUCUCAUAUGAACUUGUUGAUUGUUUUGAGGGAAUAUAAUUGCUCUGAUGUGAUGGGUCGGACUGUGCGUAGGUUUGUGUGUGUGUGUGUUUACUAUUUUGUCCUUGUUUACAUGAAUCAAUAUUGCCUGUAAAGACUUUUUCCAAAUAAUACUUGUUGGCAAAGCUCUUGCUGAUUUCGGCCGUGUGACAGAGAAUGCACCCAUGCAUCACAUUAGAUUUUGCUGAAAAACUGUGAGCUACAGCAGCGAUAUCACAAAAAUUAAUCGGAUGUCACAUUGUGUCACAGCACAGUGCCACAUCCAAAGGUAAACACCUCGACAUGGUUUGAAUUUGGAGUUUAACCAAAUGUUGCUCUUCUUUUUGCCUUAAAGCAGGGGUGUCAAACGUACGGCGAACAGGUUUUAUCCGGCCCACGGGAUGAGUUUGCUAAGUAUAAAAAUGAGCCGAAAUUUUUUAAUGAAAGAAACUGCUGUUCUAAAUGUGUCCACUAGAUGUUGCAAUAGCAAUUAUUUGUAGAUUAUGCAAAGAAAAUAAAAAUAAACCACAUGAUGUUAGUGCACGAGUCAAGGAAAAUGAGCAAACUACAUAAAUAACAUCCUGUAAACAAAAAUGUAGCUGUUUGGUCACAAUACCCAGCAAUAUGUUUGGAGGAGAAAGGGUGAGGCCUUUAAUCCCAGGAACACCAUUCCUACCAUCAAGCAUGGUGGUGGUAGUAUUAUGCUCUGGGCUCAUUUUGCUGCCAAUGGAACUGGUGCUUUACAGAGAGUAAAUGGGACAAUGAAAAAGGAGGAUUACCUCCAAAUUCUUCAGGACAACCUAAAAUCAUUAGCCCGGAGGUUGAUGAUUUUACGACUGUAGCUCCGCCCCCUCUAAAGUCAUGCACACUAUCCUGGCAGAGGAUACAAAGAAUGUCUAU